AGGAGCGAUCGGCAGCCACUAUCUUGACUAUCGAAUGUGGGUCCUUCCCCAGACUACUCGACGUAUGCCAUGUGGGUGUUAGGUCUUUGUGGGGUACAUAUAUAAGGUGGCGGGAUUCUCCUUUUGCAAAAUGGCAUCUCCUUAUUAUCCUAAAAUUAUAUCAGUCCUACCAUUGGGCUGAUUGGAUUCAUCGACGGAUACGAAGGGCACAAUUUGCCAUCAUGGCUGAUCAAAACAUUCAAUUCGUAGGGGAUGCGAAAUCGACUGCACCUUCAGCGACCCAUUCAGAUAAGCCAGCUACAGAGAUGGUAGAGACGAUGCCGGUCACUCUAACAGAAGAAGACAAUACUCGAAUCAGGAGAAAAACUGAUAGAGUCAUCUUGGCUCUAUUGACCUGGGUCUACUUCUUGCAAGUUUUGGAUAAGGCCGUCCUUGGAACUGGGGCGGUUUUCGAUCUCGCGAAGAAUGCCAACCUCACGGGUCAUCAGUAUUCCCUAAUCGGGUCGAUUUCGCCAAUAGCGCAGUUAGCAUGGCAGCCGUUCUCGGCCUGGCUGAUUGUGAAGGUGCCGCAUCGCACAUUAAUGCCAAUUCUGAUUCUCGGUUGGGGUAUUGCGGAAGCAUCUAUGGCUGCGUGUAGUUCCUUCUCUGGGUUGAUCGCCUGCCGUUUCUUCCUCGGCCUUUUUGAGGCCGGCUGCAUGCCUCUAUUUGCGAUCAUCACAAGCCAGUGGUACCGUCGUGUCGAACAACCAUUUAGAGUCUCUAUCUGGUAUUCCACAAAUGGUAUAUCGACGAUAGUGUCUUCUGCGUUGUCUUAUGGCCUUGGCCGUAUUGUAUCCAACGUGUUGUAUCCGUGGCAAAUAAUUUUCCUUUUCUGUGGACUUGUCACUAUUAUAACGGCUCCAUUCGUCUACUGGAAACUGGAUAACGAUAUCGCGACAGCCCGUUUCCUUACCGAGGAGGAACGCCAACAAGGCAUCGAACGCCUUCGGACAAACAAUACUGGUGUUGAAGACUUCCACCAGUUUAAGUGGUCGCACGUUUUGGAAGCGGCUCUAGACCUGAAGACCUGGCUGUGGCUUGUGCUGGCCAUGCUGCCGAACCUCGGGUCGGCUUUGACGAGUGUCUUUGGGCCGCUCAUUAUUACUGGCUUUGGGUUCGAUAAAUUCCAGACAUUGCUGCUGAACAUUCCUUUCGGAGCCGUCCAAACGCUCGUGAUCAUCGCUUCCUGCUGGGUAGCCAACAAGGCGAAGCUCAAGGGUGUUAUCCUGCUUGGCUUCAUGUUACCUGUGGUGGUUGGAACUGGGAUGCUUUACGGGCUAAACCGGAAUGCAUCGGAUCGACCAGCGCUACUCGUGGCGUACUAUCUCACGGCCUUCUUGUUUGCAGCGAAUCCCCUACUUCUCGUGUGGGUCGUCGGAAACACUGCUGGAGAGACCAAGAAAUCCGUUACUCUCUCGCUAUACCAGGCUGGUUCGUCUGCUGGAGCCCUUAUCGGUCCGCUUCUAUUUAGCGCAGACCAGAAGCCAGAAUAUCGCCCCGGAAUUGCGGGUGUUCUUGGUGUUUUUGUCGCCAUGAUUGUGGUCAUCGUGCUGCAGCUCUUCCUCCUGAUAUACCUGAACAAGCAACAGGUGAAGAGGAGAAUCGCAAACGGGAAGAGUGGCGUUAUUGUUGAUCGGUCUAUGACAACCGAAGUUCAUACUGAUGGGAAGACUCGGGACUUGCUGGCUGAGGAGAUAUUGCCCAUGGACUUAACGGAUAAGCAGAACGAUGAGUUUGUGUAUAUUUACUGAUGGGAAUGAUUUGGACGAGGCAGGAACUCGUAGGAGUGGGAGGCGCGAGAAAUAUAUCCGCUGUAUUUACUUUUAUUACAUUCAAUAUGAAUCACC